AUGUCUAAACCAAACACCCUCUUCGGAGGAACCAUAAUAGGCAGCACAUUCACCACCACAGAACAAGUCCAACAACUUCUUAAUCAUCUCAAAGAACUGGAUAUUGAUCGUGUGGAUAAGGCUGCCCGAUACCCGCCCGAUAGCCCUGGUCGCUCGGAAUCUCUUCUUGGAGAUGUACGGGCAGUGGAGCAAGGGUUCACCAUUGAUACUAAAAUCAACCCGUGA